AUGGCAGCAGCAGGGGAAGGGGGCGGCGGGCGUGCAGCAGGCCGUUCUGUGAAGCCUGCUUUUUGGUUGAUUGCAAGUUCGCUUCGAGAGGGCCAAACGACGGAGUUGAUUCACUCGGGUGUACGCAAUGCAUUGCUGCUGCCGCGUACCCCGCUGUGUGAUGACGUGGGGUUGUUUGAUGUGCCACUGGGCCUGAAAUUCGGCUCUUUUGACGAUCUGAUCCGCGCCGUCGAUGCACUGCAGAAACAAGACGGCGUUGUGGAGGCAGUGCUGCGGCGCGUGGAGCGUCAGGCACUUGAAAUAGACCCUGAUGCACAAUUCAAGAUUAUGUGGCAGCGGCAUUCUUUGACUCCUGAGCAGUACAUCCGCCGUUUCACUUGGGAUGAAUCAAAGUUUCCUAAAGCGCGUGCAAUUCGCGAAAACAUUGAAGCAAUUGUUCAGUCAGUCAACAAACUUGAUGAAGAAGUACGAGCCAAGGUAGCAGCAUGGCAGGAGGUGCGGCAGCAGGUCAGUGCCUCUGCCUCGAAGCGAGAUGUAUUGUCGUACGCCCAGCGGGACCUCGUGGAUCUCUUAACCCCAUCUGUCGUAGAAGAAGAGGAUUUCGUGCAGACGGAGCACCUGACAACAGCUGUUGUGUGUGUAGCGCUAGAAGCAGAGGCAAACUGGUUGAAUUCGUAUGAAAAACUAAAUCAUUUCGUUGUGCCGCGCUCAGCUAAGAAAUUCAACAUUCCCCCGGAUCGUGAAGGGGUCUGUCUGUGGAGGGUUGUGUUGUUCAAGAGGGGUUUAGAGGAGUUCAAGAAAGCUGCAUCAGAACACAGGUUUGUGGUUCGUGAUUUUAAUUAUAAUGAGGGAGUAUAUAAAGAAAUGACAGAACAAAGAGCCAAGAUUAUGGCGGAACAAACAAAACACGAAACUUUUUUGAGUCGAGUUUGUUUCGCUGCAUUCUCGGAUAUAUUUGUUGCAUGGGUACACUUGAAAGCGAUGCGGGUAUUCUGUGAAUCCGUGCUAAGGUUUGGUGUUCCUCCUAAUUUUGUUUCUUUCUUCUUGAGGCCUAUAGGAGAAAAUAAAGAUAAAAAAAUACACAAAGAACUCGAUACCCUCAUCACUCCCCCUGGCCUCUUCGGCAACAGGUUCUACGCCAAGGAUAGCAAUGACGGAGGAGAAGGCGAAGACUUCUUCCCUUAUGUGCUGCUCACGCUGCAGCCGUUUGCAACAUGA